AUGGUAGACGAUGUCAUUCAAAACAGCGAUUUGGCCUGUUCCAUCUGCCAUGAAACCUUCCGACGCGUGGAACACCUGAAACGCCACGCCUUAACCCAUGACGAUGCCAAGCCCCAUGCCUGCCAAUUCUGCGGCGCACAGUACAAACGCAGCGAUGCCCUCCGCCGGCACUGGAAAACUUGCACUGCGCGGAUCGCGGCCGGGGUUGGUAUUCCCAAGCGCAGUCUAUCCGGCAAGCGGAAGCAAGCCUGUGACUCUUGCACUGCGAGAAAGCGGGCUUGUUCCACUGCGUUGCCGUGCUCGGAGUGCGCGAUGAGGAAGACCGAGUGCACUUAUCACCAAUCCCGGCCGAGCAUCUACAAUCGCCAAUCGCUACACUUGGCCAAAGAGGUAGUGAUUGAGGGAAAUGCGGCAGUUAGUGGCACGCACAGCGUCUCUUCGCCCGUACCCUCACGGGAGACAGCAGUGCAUGACCGAAUCCCGUCUCCAGGUCUUCAGCAUCCCCGGUUCGGGUUCCUUGCCAAUUUCACCAAAGCGGGUGGGUUGAACGAGGCGUACAGUUUCAAUUCGGGAUUGAUGAAUACUCGCCCAACACCUUCGCUCUUGGGCACCAGCGACACUGGACCUCUCGGGGACAGGGAUUAUUUGCAGGGAAUUGCCGCUUCAAACCCAUUUGACUGCUACUUCGACGAUUUUGAGCCAGGUCUAUGGGCGGAUGCAAAUACCUCCCGAAACCACGUCGAAGAGGGAUUGUUGGCUGAAAAGGCACGUCAGAUGUGGGACAGCCUGCGGCCUAUCCUGGACAGUCCCACGACACAUCACCUGAAUAUCACUUCGAGCGAAUGGUUCGAGUUCUUCUCUGAGAAUGCAACCCGGUACCUGCAUCUCUUCUGGUCGCGAUGGUACCAUCACUGCCCAAUUGUCCACAGCGCGACCUUCAACCUCAACACGUGUUCGCCUCUCUUACUUAUGACGAUGUGCCUGAUCGGCGCAUGCAUGUCCUCUCUAGACGCGGACCACCAAUCGGCGAAGCGGUUCUUGGAUGUAAUCGAAGAACUCAUCUUCUCGAAUCCACUGUUUAUGGAAUCGCCACGACUAGGAUCGACGGAUGAAAAUCUGCUCCAGACUCGAGACAAUGUUCAGAUCCUGCAAGCGAUGUGUUUCAUGUGUUUGCUGCAGAAGUGGGAAGGGAGCAUCCAGGCCAAGUUAAGGAUGCAGCGGCAUCGGUUUACGGCUUUUGUUGCGACUACACGGGCGAUGGGGCUAUCUCAGGCAAGGCAUCCUCGUAUCGAUCCUAAUUCGACUCUGUCCGUUGAAGCAUGGAAGGAAUAUACCCUCAAAGCCGAAAUGAUCAGAACCUUUAACCAUGUCUUCCUUCUCGACUCGGCUUUUGUCAUCUUCCACAAUUCUGUACCUCGCAUGGUCUUACAAGAGAUGACGAUCGAUCUGACCUGUCCGGAAGACGUGUUCCAGGCCGCGUCACCGGCCGAGUUUAUAGAGGCAUUGAAGUUACACCCAUUAUGCACUGUUCCUCUACUCACCGACUGCGUCCGCAACUUGUGUGCGGAAAGCCCCGAUCCAGGUGUGGUCGCGCAUCUUAGCCGGGAGAGUGCUCUCAAUUUGUUCACUAUUGCUACUGCUGUCCAUGGCCUGAUAUUUCACCAACUCCGAGCAUUCUCACCUCUUCCCUUGGCCACGGAUCCUCUAAGGCGAGCUUUGGGUCGGUGGGAGAAAGCCUGGGAAGUCAGCAUGGACAAGACCACCAACUUAACCAUGGAGGAUGGAGUCCUCCCCUUCCCGCUCCAUGCUCGGGAAUUUGCUGCACUCGCCCGCGUGCACAUCGAAAAGUCCCACCUAACGCCUGAAGAAUGGAACCUAAUGAUCAGACAGCUGCCCGAACAUUAG